GUCACUUUCAGCCAGCGGCUCUACCAAAACUCCACCUUGCAGCGUCAAGCUUGUAGUGAAGGAAGUCAAGUCAAAGUUGACAAAGUGUCGCCUGUCGCCAAAGACAUCUAGCCGUGGACUGGCGGGGGAUCGUUUCCAAGACGAAGAAACGCGAAGGAGGCUUCAGGUGUCGCCAUGGAGAAGCGCUGCUAGUGAGAAUUUACACGCUCGUUCAGCCUCCAUUUUUAUUUAAUUUUUUUCCCCCACGCCGUGGAUUACAAAAGUGAAACACUGAAAAGUGGACCAAGACAGGACCUUUGGUGACGGAUUGUGUGAGAACAAUGAACGUGUCACAGGCAGAUAGCAGGAAGCCAAUACGGGAUCUGCUUUUGGAGGUUGGCAUCCGAGUUCUGCUCUUUGGAGUUUUUGCAUUUACUGAAUUUCUAGAGCCCUUUGAAAGAGUCAUACAACCUGAGGAGCUUUGGCUCUACAAGAACCCGCUGGUUGAGUCCGAUCACAUUCCAAAGAGGGUCAUGUUCGCAAUCUCCUUCCUUACCCCGCUGGCUGUGAUAUUUGUUGUGAAGAUAAUUCAGAGGACAGACAAGACUGAAAUUAAAGAGGCAUGUUUAGCUGUUUCACUGGCGCUCGCUUUGAACGGAGUCUUCACAAACACCAUCAAGCUGAUUGUCGGCAGACCUAGGCCUGACUAUUUCCAGCGGUGUUUCCCAGAUGGUCAAGUGAAUGCAAAGAUGCUGUGCACUGGAGAACCACAUCUUGUCUCAGAGGGGCGCAAGAGCUUUCCCAGUAGCCAUUCUUCCUUUGCAUUUUCUGGCCUUGGUUUCACUUCCUUCUACCUGGCGGGGAAGCUGCAGUGCUUUACCAGGCAGGGUCGAGGUCGCAGCUGGCGUCUCUGUGCCACGGUGCUGCCCCUCUACAGUGCAAUGAUGAUUGCAUUGUCCCGGACCUGCGACUACAAGCACCACUGGCAAGAUGCCUUUGUUGGAGGCGUGAUUGGGCUGCUGUUUGCAUACAUCAGCUAUCGCCAGCACUAUCCCCCCUUUCUGCACACGGACUGUCACCUCGCCUACGCCAGCCUGACUGCGACCGCUCACAUCACCCCGCCUCAACCCCAGGAGGAUCAGCGGGCCACUGAAAAUGCCACCACCCUCCCUCUGGAGGGCUUGACAGAAGCGCCGCUAUGACUAGUGGCCACCACCGAGACCACCCUCGCCGAACCAGAGAGCCCCCUCUUCAUUCCCACUGACUAACUUACAUGGCUCCUGUGUACAUUCCAGAGGACAGUAAUUAAGCCACACUUCGCCUCCAUCCUGUUCUAUACUGUCUAGGUCAGGGGUGUCAAACACAUUUUAGAUCGGGGGCCACAUUAAGAAACAUCUACUCCCAAGAGGGCCUGACUGGUAAAAUCACGGCACGAUAACUUAAAAAUAAAGAAAACUUCAGAUUGUUUUCUUUGUUUAAAAAUAGAACAAACACAAUCUGAAAAUUUAGAAAUCAUAAUGUUGUUGGGGGUUUUUUGCACUUACAUGUUGCGGUUAAUAAUAUUCUAUCUUUAUUUGUCGUUAUUUUAUUUUCUGAAUAACUUAUGUGAUAAUGUUCAUCAGUCAACUCAUUGGUAUUCAUUUUCAAUCUAUCAAGAUGAAAAUAUAAUAUAAAAAUCAAAUUACAGAAUUGUAUAUACCUAGUUUGCUCAUUUUCCUAGACUGGUGCACUAACGUGUUUUUUUUUUUUUUUUUUUUUUUUACAUAUGUAGCAUCAUCUACAACAGGAGUCGGCAACCCGCGGCUCCGGAGCUGCAUGCGGCUCUUGGAUCCCUCUGAUGUGGCUCAGCUGCAUACAUGCCGUCCCCCCAUAUUUCCGGGAGGUUAUCCGGAUUUCAGUGCCUCUCCCAGAAAUCUCCCCAGGAUAACGUUCCCAGAUUUUGAGGGCUUGCCGUGAUGGCAAUGCCUUAAACGUCCUCUCGACCAUGUCGUCGCGUCCGCUUUAAUAGUACGCCAUCUGAGUGCUGGCCCGCCACAACUAGUGUGCGGCUGUUGACACA